AUGUCUAUAAAUUUAGAAUUAAAUAAUAUUUGGAAAGAUUUUUUAUUUAGUUGGGAAAAGAGUAGUAGUGAAAUGAAUGGUGAAGUUUUUCCAUCGGAAGUUUUUUUAAAUAUUUUUGGAAAUCAAAAGAAAAUAGAGCUUGCAAAACAACUGUUGCCUCCAUAUAACCUUACCACAUUAUAUCACGGUGUACCAAAUACAUGUUCAGAUUUGUCUUGUAAUAGUUGUGGUGGCUGCAAUAUAAUGAAAAAUGGUUUCAAUUUAUCUUUGGAAUCUAGUUCAAAGGAAUCUUAUUUAAGAUUUCGUAAGGGU